AUGUCCGUGCAAAUCCCAGGAAAGUACGCCUACGGUACCAUGUCCAUGACCUGGACUCCAGAGCCCGUCUCCAAUGAGCAAGGCUUCGAGUGCUUGAAACAUGCCAUUGAGAAGCACAACACCCAGCUUAUCGUCGGUGGCGAGUUCUACGGACCCAACGACGUCAACAUGAAGAUGAAGGAGGAGUUUUGGAAGAAGUACGGCGCCAAUUACCCCGAUUUGAUCAUCUCGAUGAAGGGCGGCUUCAACUUGCAAAAGUUCGCUCCUGACGGAUCCAAGGAGUCCGUGACCAAGUCCAUCGAGAAGCUCGCCUCGUACUUCCCCUCGGACAAGUCCAAGAGACCCAAGUUGCUCUUUGAGGUUGCCAGAGUGGACCCUACCAUUCCUUACGAGAAGACUAUCGGCUACAUCAACGAGUUCGUCGAGAAGGGCAUCAUUGACGGUAUUUCGCUUUCGGAAGUCGGUGCCGGCUCUAUCCAGAAGGCCCUCUCCGUUGCUCCUGUCUCGGUGGUCGAGGUGGAGUUCCACUUGAUGUGCCAAGAUAUUCUCCACAACGGUGUGCUCGAGGAAUUGAGCAAGCACAACAUCCCUGUGAUUGCGUACUCUCCCUUGAACCGUGGUUUCCUCACCGAGUUUGCCGCCAACGACUUGGAGGGCUACCUCAAGUUGUGCAACCGUCCUGGUGACAUCAGAGGUGGUUUGGGCAAGUUCUCCGGCGACAACUUCUGGCACAAUGCCAAGUUGGUGAAGGCGUUGCAGGAGUUUGCGCACAAGAAGGGCACCACUUUGGAGUCGCUCUCUUUGCUGUGGAUUUCUUCCGUCGGCGGGUCCGAGAACUUCUACGGUAUCAGCAAGAUCCCCAAGAUUUUGCCUAUCACUUCGGGUACCACUGUGUCCAAGAUUGACCGUAACUUGGGCUCUCCAGUCGAGUUGACCAGAGAAGACUUGGAGGAGAUCAAGGCCAUCUGUGACGCUCACCCUGUCAAGGGCUACCGUUACAACGAGCAGGCCGAGGCCCUCAGCUUUGCCUAA